CUGAGAAGGGUUGAUCAAAAUGGAUUGUGUGGGAGUACAGAAAGUAUUUUUCAUCAAGAGUUGAUGUGUGAGUCUACAGCACCCCUUUAAUACUUGAAAAUUCUCGUGAGAAGAGAGCAGCGUUCUGAUUGGCUGAAAGUUUGUCGUUACUGUGUGCUGCUGUGGCGACGCUUUAAUUCGGCAUCGCUCUGAUUGGCUGAAAGUUCUUCUGUCGCCGCGUGCCUCAAGGCAUCAAAGGUUUCAUGAGUUUUUGCAUGCGAGACGUCUGAAUGAAGUUCGAGCGUCCAGAGGCGAGUCACGAGGAGGAUGUCCGCGUCCCCGAACUUGAGAGUAUCCGCGUCCCCGAACUUGAGAGUAUCAGACGGAGAUCGGACCAUGGAGCAGCGUAAAAUUCAAGUGUCAAACCAUCCCUUCAGCGUGGAGUCGCUUAUAUCAAGCCACAAAACUAGUAAGCACUUUGAAAGAAGGCGUGCGGAUGUAUUCAGUCCAUUGCCUAAGACCGAGAUCAAGGAUUAUUGUGGUUCUGCGGGAAUACCAAAGCAUAUUAUGCAGAAUUCACCCCUCAAAUCGGAAUCCCCUGAACCGGAUGACUGUACAUCAUGGGUGAUGAACUCUAGAUACUCUCAACAAGGCCAGGCAAAUCCAUGUCCUCUCCGUAAGCACAAGACCAACCGUAAACCGCGCACACCAUUCACCACGUCCCAGCUCCUGGCCUUGGAGCGAAAGUUCCGGCAGAAACAGUACCUGUCCAUUGCAGAGCGAGCAGAAUUCUCCAGCUCCCUCACCCUUACAGAGACCCAAGUGAAGAUCUGGUUCCAGAACCGACGGGCCAAGGCCAAGCGUUUACAAGAAGCUGAGCUGGAGAAGUUCAAGUUGACCGCCAAACCUACACUGCAUCCCAAUUUCAGUCUGCCUUUUCCUCUUGGGACCCAGCUCCAUUCUGCGGUCUCGCUCUAUGGGCAGUCAUACCCCUAUCAGAGGCCUUUAUUGCCUGUUGCUCCAGUGGGGCUAUAUGGAACACCUUUAGGGUACGGCAUGUAUCACCUAGCCUGAAAGGAAAUGUGAUGAACUUGUGCUGUUUUUCUGGGGAUGUUUUGAGAGACAAUGUUUACAUUCCCGUGAAUAUUUCAUAAUGUGCCUUCGUACACAGGUCUUAAAACGCCUGGAAUGAAAUUUGGGACAUUUUACCUCACUUUCCACUGACAGAGUGAUCAAAUUUUACCCUGUGGAUGGAUAAUUCCAUUGCCAAACCUUUUUGUACAGUAUAUUUGUGUCAUACGUCAUUAUGUAAUAUAUUGUAAAACGAAUUAUUUCUUGUUCAAAAUUGUCUUAUGAGAUAAAUUUCACUGCAAUUGAUGCUGAUGUCUGUCUUUGCUACUGUAUAAAAGCCAAACAGCUUUUUUACGUACAUUUCUGAAAAUAAUUUAAUGGCAAGAUGAUUGGAUCAAGAUAACUAUAUGUAUAUUCACAUUAAGUUACAUGCGAUCAGUUAAAUUUUACAUCAAAAGUAUAAAGAUUUUUUUCUCUUUACACUCUUUGUUCAAAACGUUCAGCAAAACCAACAACAAAGAAAACAAUUUCAAAGAAUAUUAUAUAUGCAAUUAUGUCACUUGUGACUAAAAUGUGGAACUUUUAUUUUUGUGGCACAUGUAUAUUUAUACUUUACUAUAAUGCCUUUAAAAGAUGUUGAUGUGUUAAUAGUUUCUAAGUCUUAAUGGCAUUUGACUUUUUUCAACAAAAAAUAAACACA